UAAAGAAAAAAAACUGGGGCUUGUAAGAGCUGAUUAAAAAAUAUAAAAUAUUUGAGGUUGCAAUGGAAAGUGAUAAAGAUGAACGGUAUUAAAUACAUUAUUAAAGUACAAAAUAAUAGUCCUGUUAAGAGAAUCCUUUCCUGCAGCAUGGACACGACACAAGUGCUAAAGAUGCAGUGUGUAGGUGUGCAGAUUGCAACCAACUGCGUCUUAUCCUUUGUGUCAAGUGUGUAGGAGAACUAAGGUGGGUGACACAAAAAAGUGAAAAAGGAAUGGCCCUAUCUAGACCUAAUGUUUGGUUUGUCCGUUCUGGGCUACCGUAGAAUGUUGUGGCCGGCUCUGUGAAGGGCACUUGCUUGGUACUUUCCCUUUAAGAGAAUCCCUGUUUCCUGCAGCAUGGAGAGCACCACAAGUGUUUUUUUAAAAUGAGGCUGAUCUACUGUUGCAGUGUUUUACUGCUGCUCGUCCUCUUUCCCGGAGCCUCUCAAGGUGGCAACAUCCUGGUCCUUCCCAUAGAAGGCAGCCACUGGAUAAACAUGGAUAUCCUACUUCAAGCCCUACACUCGAGAGGACACAAUAUAACUAUUGUUUGUUCUAGCAAAACCUGGUACAUCAAAGAAAACUCCUCUUAUUACAAUACCUAUACAGUUCAGGUGGAGAGGGGCAUGGAUAAGGAGUUCAUUACAGAAAUUAUAUCUAGCGCCAUUGAAUUUGAAAGAGGAGCCCUUCCUUUCAUGAAUUUUCUCCACCUGACUGUAGGAAUGUUAGGCGUGUUUGUUGAUGCUCACAGAGCUGUGGCUGAAUUAAUAUCAGCAAUUAUAGAUGAUCGAGAGUUGAUUAGAAUCAUUAAAGACAGCAAGUUUGACAUGGUGCUCACUGACCCCUGCUGGGGCCACGGAGUCAUUUUGGCCAAAUAUUUGAACCUUCCUUUGGUAUAUAAUGUUCGGUGGGUGUUAGCUGGAGAAGGUCAUCUUGAUAUUGCUCCCUCACCUUUAUCAUACAUUCCUGUAACAGGAUCUGGAAACACUGAUAAAAUGACCUUCUUUCAGAGAGUUAAGAACAUCAUUAUGCAUAUAAUAACACAAACUCAAAAGCAGCUGGUGACUAAGCUGACAUACCAGGCACAAUGUGACAAAUAUCUCGGGCCAGGUCAUGACUAUAACCAGUUAGUGCUUAAUGCGGACAUUUGGCUGAUGAGAGUGGACUUUGUGUUUGAGUUCCCUCGUCCCACCAUGCCUAAUGUUGUCUAUAUGGGAGGGUUCCAGUGUAAACCAGCAAAACCUCUUCCUGAACACCUGGAGGAGUUCGUGCAGAGCUCUGGAGAGCACGGAGUCAUCAUCAUGUCUAUGGGGACUUUUGUGAGUGAGCUUCCUGUUGAUGUUACAAAUGAAAUCGCUGCAGCUUUUGCUAAACUACCGCAGAAAGUCAUCUGGAGGCAUAAAGGUGACAGGCUAGCCACUCUGGGCAACAACACUAUGAUAGUAGACUGGAUGCCACAGAAUGACCUUUUAGGACAUCCCAAGAUGAAACUGUUUGUGGCUCAUGGAGGAACAAACGGAGUUCAAGAAGCUAUUUAUCACGGAGUCCCGGUUGUGGGUCUGCCCUUGUUUUUCGACCAAUACGACAACCUGCUGCGUCUGCAAGAGAGAGGAGGGGCUAAGCUUCUAACAAUUAAAAAUGUGGACAAAGACAACAACUUCCUGAACGCCAUUCAGGAAGUGCUGAAUGAGCCCUCUUACAGGAUGAACAUGCAGAGGCUCUCCAGGCUGCACAGAGAUCAGCCAAUAGCCCCGCUGGAUAACGCCCUCUUCUGGAUAGAGUUUGUCAUGAGACACAAAGGUGCAGCUCACCUGAGAACAGAGUCCUACAGAAUGCCCUGGUACUCCUACUACUCUGUUGAUGUGUUUUUGUUCUUGGCUGGAGCUGGGCUGCUCGUGCUUCUUACUUUUUUCCUUUUCAUCAGGUGUUUAUACACUGCCAUGUGCAAACAUAAAGUGAAACGGGACUAAUCAUUCACGGGAUAUACUUUUUUUUAUAUUUAAAUAGAUUUUUCGACUUAUAUAAAAGAUUGAUAUAGGUUGGUUUUUUUACUACCCAUUUGAAUUGCUUGAUCGUAUUUUAGUAAAGUAUUUGUAGGAACUAAAUGGAUGUUAUAACCUUUUUCUUAAACACUACAAGUUUAAUACAAGGAAAUAAUAUAAAUCAAGUUUAAUUUUAUUAGUCCCAGUGGGGAUAUUUCCCAUUUGACCUUUGUUCAAAAGCAAUGAUAUAUUAUGAGAAAGCAGGGGUUGGUGGGAACAAAGGAAAACAAAAGUUGGGGUUAAGCCCACCUCAUUUAGAUUGUUCAUUCUUAGUGUAGCUAAAUGCAUCUCUAUGAAAAACUAGUCACUGAAGAGAUUUGACAGGCUUUGAUUGCUCGAGUCUGAUUCAUCCUAGAGAAGCUAAAAUGUGUUUUCUGACUCAUCCAUAAUUAUUUUGAGUUUCACACCUCCAGCCACCAGGUGGUGCAUCUUUUCUUUCUUUUUUUUUUACAUAACUGAUGUAGGAGGAAAUGAGGUCAUUGCAAUCAGCUUCAGGUGUUGCUGCUUUGUGUUGGGGGGGGAGAGCAUUCUGUUUUUGAACAUGUUCCUUUGAUACAGAGGCUUUGUUUAUUUCCAAUUUUGUGGUUUGUACUAUUUGUGGAACAUUUGAAAAGGGAAUCAUUUGAGAAUACUGGAUCAACAAAUGGUGAGCUGUAAAGAACAAUACAAUAAAUCUAUU